AUGCGGUCUUCCUCGAUUGAUGGAAUAUUUAGCAAUACUUCAAAGUCCAACUUCCCGGCGACAGCACAGAUGCCGGGACCCGGGACCCACCACAUGUAUGGCCUACAGUUACUGUGGUGUACUCAGUUUGAUCCCAUUUCCUCCGCCAUCCUCCCGACCCAAUCACCUUCUUCCACAGGACGAAAUGAGAUUUUCUUAAAAUCAUUAGCAAGGUACACACACUGGAAAUACACAGAUAAAGAGAGAUCACUAGAGGCAUCAAAUCAAAGAAAUUUUUUCAGGAAUUGGACGAGUUUUUCAAGGCAAUGGGAAUCCUGUCAAGACCUUGGAGGUACAAGAGAUCAGAUCAGUGAUAUGGUUUUGAUUUUCAAGUACGAUAGUAUAUAUGUAAGAAGUCGUUCUUUUCAUAUAUCUCAGGCAUCAGAUCAAAGAAAGAGUUUCAGGGACAUGCAGUACAUGAAGGGGAGAAAGAAGAAACAAGUUACACGGGAUUCAUGGAAAAAAGUGGGUUAAUUUACAAGUAUGCCAGUAUACGACUAGAUCCAAACAAGAAAGAAUCUUGUUGAUAUCAAAAUGGUUUGCUGAAAUUUUGUCAAGUG